AUGGUUAAGUUAACCCAAAUUGACGAGACACAGGCCAGUGCAUUUGAGCCCAAGAACGAACAAGUCUACAGUGACAGUGACAGUGAAAGUGAAAGCGAAAUUGAAGACGACUUUGACAUUGAAAACGAAACCCUUUAUGACAGAAUUCUUGCUUUGAAAGAUAUCAUUCCUCCAAAGCAAAGAAAUGUACUUUUAUCCGCAGUCCAAACCGUCCAGAGUCUGGUGACCACCGGAUUGUUCAAAGGAGGUAACUUGUUGUGGGGUGUGACUUCGAGUCUUUUGUUGUUGGGAGUUCCAUUAUCACUUGCUAUUUUGAGUGAAACCCAAUUGCAAGAAAUGGAAAGAGAAAUGUCAUUACAAGAAUCCGCUCAAAGUGUAUUGGCGUCGGGAAGCGAAGAAAAGAAGUAA